AUGAAGCCGGCCAAACCUGUGGCGGCAGACACGGCAUCGCAUCGAAGAUCACAGCCCGCUCGCCAGGCACGAACCAAUCCUUCACGGAGCUCCGCCAAAGCUGGUAGAGCCGGUGACGGUAGAGGCCCUGUCAACGGCCAUCCCUUGGGCAACCAGCCCAUCGAGAUAUUCCCUGCCAUUACCCAUUUUGCUGAUACAAUCUCGGCCCUCCCCAAGGAGCUUGUGCGGCACUUCACCCUCCUCAAGGAAGUCGACGCCAAGAUUUUCGCUCCCCAAGAACAGCUCUUCCAGCUGGUCGCCGCCAUCUCCAACUCGUCCCUGUCCGAAGUCAGAGCCAACAAUGACGCCCCAGGUACGGCGCAACCAUCGUCCGCCCCCAUGAGCACGCAGAAUAGCUCCAGCGGCAUGCCUUUGAAUCUCGCCCGUGCCUCCUCAGCUCCGUCGCUCAACGACGCCAGUGCCGCGCCCACCAGCGUCUUCGACUCGUCCAACAUUCCGCGCCGACAGCUCUUCCGGCAGACGGCAUUCAAGGUCCAAGAGAUGCUGGUCUCGCUGGAAGAAAAGAACCACGUGCUCUCCACCGCGAACGAGGCACUGUCACGACAGCUUGCGCGAGCCGAAGAUGUGUGGCCCUAUUUGGAAAACGAAUUCAGUAACGAGGCGAAAUGGGGCAGCACCACGCACUGGGCCUAUCCCGAGAAUCGAACUGGUAGCAAAGUGUCUCACGCCGAGAGGGCUCGCCGCGACGGUGCUGCGGCAAUCUCAGCCGCCGCCCAGGCACUCGCGGAGGAAGCGGCCGCUAGAAGUGACGCCCGAAAGCAAGCUGUGCAAGCAAAAAGGGGCCUGAAGAAUCAGCAGCAAGACUCUGACGCCGACGAUCUAGAGGCUCGCCAGAAGGAGCCGCCCAAGAAGGCCACAGCCAAGUCCCGGAAGGCCGUCGCGGCCGAUACAAACACCACGGGAUUGGGCAUUUCAGCUUCGACUGCCAAUGGCAACCCGCCCCCAAAGAGGAGGAAAGUAGAGAAAACGAUCAACGGGGGCAACGCGGCCACUGGAGGCUCCAUGAGCACCGUGCUUGGUGCAAAUGCCCCAAAGCCAAAGGCUGGCAGCCCCAGAGGGACUCCCGGGCCGGAGGGGGCCAAGAAACGUAAAGCCUUGCCAACGGGCAGUGGACAGGCGAAAAAGAAGAACGGCAUGUCACCCUCGGUCACGUCGUCUCCCAUGAUGGGAACAAUCCCCGAUGCGAAAGCGCCGAGUCGAGCAUCGCCGCCUCCGACCACCAGCGCGCCUCGCCCAGCAUCGUCCCGUGCCCGACAGAACUCGAUACAGUCCAAUGUUGACAAUGGAAAAGCCCGACCGACGUCGUCGGCCGCGAACAAACCCAAUGGCAACGGCAGCCAAGACACAGCUGAAAUGGCCUCAGUCGCAGCAUUUCCUCGAGCUGCGCAGGAAGCAAAACCAGCCAAGGAAGCCAGCAGUGCACCCGCCAAGACGGAACCUGUCAAGAAGGAAAGCGACCGGCCCGAGGCGUCCAGCAACUCUACGCCCACCCUGGCGAAAAAGGACACCAAACCAGACGAGCCCGACGGGAAAAGCGAGCCUGUCCCCCCACAGGCGACCUCGGCCGCGGUCACUACGAAAAGCGGCAGAGCGAGCAAACCGUCGACACCGGCAUUGUCCACGUUCCAGGACGCAGCUCGCUCGCGACCGUCACGAAGCACCGAGGCCGGGGCCAGGAAGGGCCACAAGAAGAGCGGAUCCGUGGCACAAGUGGCCCUCAUACAGCAGGCUGCCGCCGACACCGACGCCAGCAGCAGCAUGCAGGGAGACGACGAAGACGGCGACAUUGACGCCGACGAACCGACGUAUUGCUACUGCAACAGCGUUAGUUAUGGCGAGAUGGUGGCCUGCGACGCCGACGACUGCAAGCGCGAAUGGUUCCACCUCGCCUGCGUAGGGCUCAAGGUUGCCCCCGGAUCGAAGACGAAAUGGUACUGCGAGGACUGCAAGGACCGCCUGAAAAUGGGGACCAAGAAGUCUGGCGGGCGCUAG